AUGUGUAUCUGCUGCGGAAGUUUCCGGGUGCACACGCAGCACCCUCUGUUUGAGGGAGGGAUGUGCACUCCGUGCAAGGUAAGCAGGGAGCCAUGGGGCGGCUUUGUGGAGGCCUUGGAACAGAGGAGGCAGCCUGGCUUUGCCCUCGCCAAGGACAAGUUCCUGGAGUGCCUCUUCUUGUACGACGAGGACGGGUACCUGUCCUACUGCUCCAUUUGCUGUGCGGGAGAGACGCUGCUCAUCUGCAAGAGCCCCGACUGCACGCGGUGCUACUGUUUCGAGUGCAUCGACAGCCUGGUGGGCCCUGGGACCUCGGGGAAAGUGCAGGCCAUGAGCAACUGGGUCUGCUUCCUGUGCCUGUCCUUCCCCCGCAGCGGGCUGCUGCAGAGGAGGAAGAAGUGGCGGGGGUGGCUGAAGGCCUUCUGCGACCGACUGGGAGGCGGUGAGGACACAGAGAGUCCCCUUGAGAUGUACAAAACUGUGCCCGUGUGGAAGAGAGAGCCCAUCCGGGUGCUGUCCCUUUUUGGGGACAUCAAGAAAGAGCUGAUGAGUUUGGGCUUUUUGGAACAUGGUUCUGAGCCGGGGAAACUGAAGCAUUUGGAUGAUGUCACCAACGUAGUGAGGAGGGACGUGGAAGCAUGGGGCCCCUUCGACCUCGCCUACAGCUCUACGCCCCCGCGGGGCCACGCCUGCAGCCAGCCCCCAGCGUGGUACCUGUUCCAGUUCCACCGCAUCCUGCGGUUCGCGAGGCCGCGGCCAGGCAGCCCCCAGCCCUUCUUCUGGAUGUUCGUGGACAACCUGGUGCUGACCCAGGACGACCGCGUCGUGGCCACUCGCUUUCUGGAGACUGAGCCGGUGACCAUCCAGGACGUCCGUGGCUGUACCAUCCGGAACGCCGUGCACGUGUGGAGCAACGUCCCCGCCGUGAAGAGCAGGCAUUCAGCUCUGGGUCCCCAGGAGGAAUUAUCCCUGCUGGCUCGGGACAGGCAGAGAGCAAAGGCCCCCACCCAGGGCCCAGCCACGCUGGUGAAGAACUGUUUUCUCCCCCUGAGAGAAUAUUUCAAGUAUUUUUCAACAGAACUCACUUCCUCUUUAUAAAUGAGUCAUUGCACCGUGAAAAAAAAAAAAAAAAGAGAGAGACUUUUCCUAGAACAAAGACAACUUUCCUUACAUUGUUUCUUUUUUCCUUUUCAAAUUAUUAUUUUAUUUGCUUAACUUUGGAUUUCCCGAGAUUGCUACAGGCCCAUCAUCCCUUUGGGUCUGGAGAGACAGGGCCCCGCUCCCACCAUGACCUUUGGUGGGAGGGGGCGAAGCCUCGGGUCUAACGGUGGACGAGACCCUGACAUGACCGGGCACGUUGGGCUGCUGGAAAUGUUUCUUUGUGCCAGUUGGGAAGUUAAAAUAUAUUUAUUAUGGUAGUU